GUCCUUAUUAAUUUUUUCUUUGUGUAGAUAAUACUAUCAUCGAUAAUUGUUUAUUAUAAAUUGUUUAUGUAGCGUAAGACUACGAAUUAAACCGAUUAUCUUCAAAUUCAUGAUAUCAUAUCAGACCUAUAGAAGAUUUAUUCAGCAAUUUAAAUUAAUAGAAAAAAACAUAGUACGUUUGACACAUAAAAGAUUUGAUAUUUAUUGUUAAUUGAAAGAUCUUUCAAUUAAUACGUUAAUCAAACGCGUUUUUUUCCUUUUCGAUAAGCAAAAAUAAUGGCUAGAGUAAGUGAAGAUUUACCAGAUAUUGAAAAUAUACUAGCCCUAAAUCCACGUGUCCAAAUUUAUUCGAAUUUUGUACCAUCCAACGAGACUAAAAAGAACAAGUUACAUUGGAAAAGAAAUCCGAACAAAAAAUGUCAGAGCUGUCUUCCUUUGGAAAACAAUUUUUCCGAUAUAAAACCUACUACUCUGAGUGAAAGAGCGGCUUUAAAAGAAGCGGCAAGGUGUUUGAAAUGUGCAGAUGCUCCGUGUCAAAAAUCCUGUCCAACACAAUUGGAUAUAAAGUCUUUCAUCACUAGCAUUGCCAACAAGAAUUAUUAUGGUGCUGCCAAAGCGAUAUUUUCUGAUAACCCUUUGGGUAUCACUUGCGGUAUGGUGUGUCCUACUAGUGACUUAUGCGUUGGAGGAUGCAACUUACAAGCCUCCGAAGAAGGCCCUAUAAAUAUAGGUGGAUUGCAGCAAUUUGCUACAGAAGUGUUCAGUCAAAUGGGUAUAAAGCAGACUAGGGAUCCUAAAACUCCAGAUCCAAAAAAUUUCGAGUCAAAAAUUGUUCUUUUAGGUGCAGGACCGGCUUCAUUAUCUUGUGCGACGUUUCUUGGUCGCUUAGGUUAUCAAAAUAUAACGAUUUACGAAAAGAAUGAUGUACUUGGAGGUUUGAGCGCUUCGGAAAUUCCUCAAUAUCGUCUACCAAUCAAUGUAGUGAAUUUUGAAAUAAAUCUUGUACUUGAUUUAGGAGUGAAAGUAGAAACAGGUCGCUCACUCUCUUCGAAAGAUCUAACCAUAGAAAAUCUACUCAAAACCUCGAAGGCGAUUUUUAUUGGUAUAGGUCUUCCCCAACCAAAAUUGGACCCUGUAUUUGAAAAUCUAACCGAAAAAAUGGGUUUCUAUACAUCAAAGUCUUUCCUGCCAAAAGUAUCCAUGGCUAGUAAAGAAAAUCCUUCGAAGUGUUUUUGUAAACAAAACAUAACAUUACCGAAGUUGCAUGGAAACGUUAUAGUAUUAGGAGCUGGGGAUACUGCUUUUGAUUGCGCAACGUCUGCUUUAAGAUGUGGCGCGAAAAAAGUUUUCGUUAUUUUCAGAAGAGGAUUCACCAAUAUAAGAGCCGUGCCAGAAGAAGUGUCGGUUGCUGUUGAAGAGCGAUGUGAAUUAAUUGGAUUCCUGUCUCCGUAUGCCGUCAAUGUGAAAGAUUGUAAAAUCGUAUCUGUUACUUUUUGUAGAACUGAAGAAACUGAAGAUGGUAAAUGGAUCCAAGAUAAAGAACAGUUAAGUACGAUUAAAGCAAAUUUCUUGAUCUCGGCUUUUGGUUCUGGACUUGAGGAUUCUGACACUAUAGCUGCCUUGGCUCCAUUAAACUUAUCAACUCGAAAUCUACCAAUUGUGGAUACUAAGACAAUGCAAACAUCUCAUCCAUUAGUUUGGUGUGGGGGUGAUCUGGCAGGCGUUGCAGAAACAACAGUAGAAGCUGUAAACGAUGGAAAGAUUGCAGCUUGGUACAUUCAUUGUGCUUUGGAGGGCCUAUCACCAAAUACCAAACCAACUUUGCCUCUAUUCCACACAAGCAUCGAUGAAGUGGAUAUUUCGGUGGAAAUUUGCGGUGUGAAAUUUGAAAAUCCAUUUGGAUUAGCAUCAGCUCCACCGGUAACUAGUGCCCCCAUGAUACGGAGAGCUUUCGAGCAAGGAUGGGGUUUUGUUGUAACUAAAACAUUUUGCUUAGAUAAGAAUCAAGUUACUAAUAUUUCACCAAGGAUAAUUAGAGGAAAUACUUCUGGCCAAAACUACGGUCCACAUCAAGGUUCAUUUUUGAAUAUUGAAGUGAUUUCUGAAAAAUGUUUAGAUUAUUGGCUGGAAGCUAUAAGAGAACUUAAGAAAGAUUUUCCAUCGAAGAUAAUUAUCGCUAGUGUGAUGUGCGAAUACGAUGAAAAUGAUUGGACGGAAAUCACAAAACAAGUUGAAGCCGCUGGUGCGGACAUGUUGGAAUUAAAUUUGAGCUGUCCCCAUGGUGUUAAAGAAUCUGGUAUGGGUUUAGCUUGUGGACAAAAACCAGAAUUAGUAACGAAUAUUUCCAAAUGGGUUAGAAAAGCUGUUAGAAUACCAUUUUUCAUUAAACUAACUCCGAAUAUUACUGAUAUCACAGAAAUAGCACAAGCUGCGAAAGACGGAGGAGCUUGGGGCGUAUCAGCUAUUAAUACAAUAUCAGGUUUAAUGCAAGUGAACCCCGACGGUACAGCAUGGCCUAAUGUUGGGAAGGCGAAAAGAACAACUUAUGGUGGUGUUAGUGGUAAUGCCAGUAGACCAGUUGGACUUAGAGCUGUUUCUGCGAUCGCUAAUAAAAUACCAGAAUUUCCAAUACUAGGUGUGGGUGGUGUAGAAUCUGCAGAUACUGCAUUCCAAUAUCUGCAAUGUGGAGCAUCUGCAGUUCAAAUUUGUAGCGCUCUUCAAAAUCAAGAUUUCACACUAAUAGAGGAUUAUUGUACCGGUUUGAAAGCUUUGCUUUAUCUUGAUGGAAGACUAGCAGGUUGGCAAGGACAAAGUCCAGCAACAUAUAAGCAUCAAAAAGGAAAAAAUGUUAUCCCACUUUAUGACGAAAAUGGAAUGAAAUUACCACAUUUUGGGUAUUAUCAAACAAAGAGAUAUGAAUUGUUAAGCGAACUUUAUAAGAAAUCGGAAUGUAAAGACAGAAAAGUAAUACAUCAUGCAGGCAAUCAUACUACUGAUGCUAUGAAUGGUUCCGUUGCACAAAAUGGAAAUGAAAACUUGUCGAUUCCUACUGUCAAAGAUGUUGUUGGUCGAUCUUUGCCAAAAAUCGGAGACUAUAAAUUAUUGAAUAAUAAAGAACAAGUUGUUGCACUAAUAGAUGAUGAUUUAUGUAUAAAUUGUGGAAAAUGUUACAUGGCUUGCAAUGAUUCCGGAUAUCAAGCAAUUCAUUUUGAUCCCAAUACUCAUAUACCCAAAGUAAACGAUGAUUGUACGGGAUGUACUAUGUGCCUUUCGGUUUGUCCAAUUAUUGAUUGUAUCAUGAUGGUACCCAAAAAAAUUCCUCACGUUAUCAAGAGAGGAAAAAUAAAUGCCCCAGUAAAACUGGUACAUGCUUUAGACUCUUGAACAUCGGUGUAUUAAUAAGCAUUGUACAAUUUGUUGCUUGGAAUUGAAACAAUAAAAAAAGAAGAAA